AUGUCAAGACUGUCAAAACGUACAUCGACGUGCACAAACCUACACACCCGUAUCACUUAAAAAAUCUACCUCGUGUCUUUCGGUGUGUAAAUCUAAUUUCUAGAAAGCUGAACAUUACCAAUUAUUUGACCAAAUUUAUCAGUUGAAUGUUAAAUUUUUAACACAAUGAGUGAAAAUCGCGAACAAAUUCUCGAAUCCAUUAAGGUGCAAGGCGAAGUCGUUCGCAAGUUAAAAGCUGCAAAGGAGCCCAAAGAAAAGAUUGACGAAGAGGUUGCUAAGCUGCUGAGACUGAAAGCAUCUCUUCAAGAUGAGCCAGCUGCACCGCAGAAGUUCGUUCUAAAAACGGCAAAGGGGACGAGGGACUAUGGACCGCAACAGAUGGCCCUUCGACAGGGAGUUCUUGAUAAGAUUAUAGCAGUGUUCAAGAAACAUGGCGCCGAGACCAUUGAUACACCAGUCUUUGAACUGAAGGAUGUUCUCACCGGCAAAUACGGUGAAGAUUCGAAGCUCAUCUACGACCUCAAAGAUCAGGGUGGCGAAAUUCUAUCACUACGUUAUGAUCUCACAGUUCCUUUAGCACGUUACCUCGCAAUGAGCAAGAUACAAAGCAUCAAACGGUAUCACAUAGCAAAGGUGUACCGACGUGAUAAUCCAUCAAUGACCAGAGGUCGCUAUCGAGAGUUUUAUCAAUGUGAUUUCGACAUAGCUGGGAACUUUGAUCCAAUGCUUCCAGAUGCCGAAUGCGUCAAAGUUGUAUCGGAAAUACUCAAAUCGUUGGAUAUUGGUGACUAUGUCAUGAAACUAAAUCAUCGUCAACUGCUCGAUGGAAUGUUUGAGGCUUGUGGUGUGCCAGCUGAUAAAUUUCGAACAAUUUGCUCGUCGGUUGAUAAAUUAGACAAGUCACCGUGGGCUGAAGUUCGAAAGGAAAUGAUCGAUGAAAAAGGCUUGGAUCCCAGUGCAGCUGAUCAGAUCGGUGAAUAUGUUCGACUGAAUGGCGGCAUUGAAUUGGUGGAAAAACUACUCGAUGAUCCGAAGUUGAAUAAGGUUCCAGCUGCCGUUAAUGGUUUAGAAGCUAUGAAACUCCUGUUGCACUAUUGCAAGCUGAUGAACUUGUCAAAUGAAAUUUCGUUCGAUUUAAGCUUGGCACGAGGAUUGGAUUACUAUACUGGUGUUAUUUAUGAGGCAGUGCUAACCGGAGAGCCCGUGAAGGCGACGGCUAAUGCAAACGAAGAAAGUGGUACGGUUGGAUCCAUAGCUGGUGGAGGUCGUUACGAUAAUCUGGUUGGUAUGUUUGAUCCAAGAAGUAGACAAGUACCAUGCGUCGGUGUUUCCAUUGGUGUUGAACGAAUUUUCGCUGUGCUAGAAGCUAAACAUGCCGCUGCGAAGACUUCAAUUCGUACAACUGAUGUGGACGUUUAUGUUGCUUCAGCACAUAAAGGACUGCAUGAAAAACGCUUGGAAAUUUUGUCACAGCUGUGGGAUGCGGGCUUAAAAACGGAACACUCAUACAAACUGAAUCCAAAACUGUUGGCGCAGCUGCAACACUGCGAAGAGCGUGGCAUUCCAUAUGCACUAGUGCUUGGUGACUCAGAGAUUGAACGUGGUGUUGUGAAGUUCCGAGAAAUUGCUACCAGAGCAGAAGUGGAACUACCGCUGAACGAUUUGGUGGCUGAAAUACGGAAACGUUUAGCUGAUGGGAAGUAGUUAUCGCACUGUGGUUAGCCUUUUCUGCCUCGUUGAUUUAACUAAUUUAUUCCUUUCUUAUUAGUAUAUAGUUGCCUAAAAACAAAGUUUUUGUACACUU